AGAAAGAGCGGGCUGAAUCUUUUGCGUUAUUUAUUUAUUUAUUUCUAUUUAAGAACCGUUGUUAAAAUGCUGUGCCUGUGCCUUUACGUGCCUGUUCCAAACUCUGAUCAAACCGAAUUCGAGUAUUUUGAAUCGAAUGGACUACCAUCCGAGCUGAAAUCUCUCUUCAAAUUGAGUUUAUUUCUUCCCUCGCAAGAAUUUUCAACGUAUCGAAAGUGGAGGAAGAAAAUUGUGAAAAGGGAAGACGAGAACCUUGACGGGCAGCUGGACUUUGAAGAGCUUGUUCACUACCUGCGUGAUCACGAGAAGCAGCUAAAGUUGGUCUUCAAGAACCAGGACGAGAAGAGCAAUGGUCGUGUCGAUUCGCGGGAGAUCAUGCAGUCGCUGCAGGACCUCGGGGUGCACAUCUCCGAGAAACAGGCGCAGAGGAUCCUCAAAAGCAUGGAGAAGAAUGGGACGAUGACAAUCGACUGGAACGAGUGGAGCAAUCAGAUUGAGCCCCCUGCGGAGAACAUUCCCGAGAUCAUCCUGUACUGGAAGCACUCCACGAUAUUCGAUGUUGGUGAGAAUUUGAUGGUGCCAGAUGAGUUCACGGCAGAGGAGAGAAAGUUGGGGAUGUGGUGGCGACACCUAGUGGCAGGAGGGGGAGCUGGCGCUGUGUCUCGUACCUGCACUGCCCCACUGGACCGGCUUAAAGUGCUUAUGCAGGUUCACGGGUCCCGGGGCACCAACAUGUGCAUCAUGGGAGGUUUCGCCCAGAUGAUUCGCGAGGGUGGGAUGAGGUCGCUGUGGCGAGGGAACGGCAUCAAUGUCAUUAAAAUCGCACCCGAGUCCGCCAUGAAGUUCAUGGCCUACGAACAGAUCAAGCGUUUGAUUGGCAGCAGUCCGGACUCGCUGGGGAUCGGGGAACGGUUCGUGGCUGGCUCUCUGGCAGGAGUCAUUGCACAGAGCAGCAUCUACCCAAUGGAGGUGCUGAAGACCCGGCUGGCCCUGAGGAAGACCGGUCAGUACUCGGGCAUCUCGGAUUGCGCCGUGCAGAUCUUCCGGAAGGAGGGCCUGGGGGCGUUCUACAAGGGGUACGUCCCCAACAUGCUGGGCAUUAUCCCCUACGCUGGCAUCGACUUGGCUGUGUACGAGACUCUGAAGAACUCGUGGCUGCAGCGGUACGGAAAGGACAGCGCAGACCCGGGCGUGUUCGUCCUGCUGGCCUGUGGCACCGUCUCCAGCACCUGCGGCCAGCUGGCCAGCUACCCCCUGGCCCUGGUGCGAACCCGCAUGCAGGCGCAAGCGACGCUGGAGGGAGCCCCCCAGAUGAGCAUGUCUGGACUCUUCCGGCACAUUCUGAGGACAGAGGGGGCGACCGGCCUCUACAGGGGCCUGGCGCCCAACUUCAUGAAGGUCAUUCCUGCGGUCAGCAUCAGCUACGUGGUGUACGAGAACCUGAAGAUGACACUCGGUGUUCAGUCCCGAUGAGGCGGCGUACGGCAGGAAGACAAAGGGACGAAAGGACUAAAGACUCUAGCGGGGGUGGGGGGGUCCCCGAAAGGGACCCAUCUGGGGGGUGGGGGACUGAGGAAUCUCUGGGUGCUGCGAGACCCGAGGUUUGCAAACCCGUCUCAUUCUGUGAAUGUCUGAAGGUGAAAUAAGUACAACACUAGCCGACAAAAAGCUACCGAUCAGCUCAGUGACCCUUUGAACUGGUACAAAAGGGGAGGGAGGCUUCUUUUAUGAAAAUGAGUUUCCAUUAUUUAUUGAUUUGUUUUAAUAAUCAAGGUGCAUGUAGAAGCAGCCUACAGUCAUCUUAUUGCAAUCCUGAAUUGAGUGAAAUAAGAGAUCUCCGCCAUUGUUUAAUGGGUCACUGCUGGCUUCUGUCUAGAGGAGAGGAAGUCCUGUCCUAAUUAGGGACCAACACUCUUUGUUUGUGAUGUAUGUGUAUUGGGGCACAGUUUUGACAUGUAGAUUCUUGCCCGUUUCUGCAAGUGGGAAAACUGGCUACCAUCAGUACAAGUGUGAAAGAGAAUUUCUUGCCAGUUUCACCCAGCAUCGGAGAACAGUCACUGCCAGUACUGAAAACGACAACCAAAACUACAUUGCGUGAAGAUCUCUUUGGUUUGUCUUAUGUUAAAUGUUUCAUUUUUUUUUUUAUAAAUUUCAGUUCCCUUUUUGAACCCUAACGCUUUCAUUCUGACUUGUUCAGUGGCUAAAUGAGUGUCGUCUUCGGUUCUGGUUUAUGUGGCGGUUCUAUGGUUCUAUGUUUCCAUGCCUUUUCCCAUUGAAGCGAUUUAAACUUUCUCCUCAGAAGAAUGUUGGGGAAGAGGAAGAGAUUCUGCUGCUGAUUUCAUUUCCUAAAUACUUGAUGCAUGUGGGAAGGUCUUCAUUUCUGAGUGGACUUGUAGAAGAACUUGGG